UGUGAUUCAGAUGAGUGUGCUUCAGUAUGCCUAUUUAGCAUUCAGUCUGAGCAAGAAGACUGUUAACAGGCUAAACUGAUUAAACACAGUAAUACACAAUAACAUGAAGUAGAGAUUAAGAAACACAGGAAAGAAUUUGAAUAUUCCACGUACAACCAGUAGGCUACAAACUCGCAUGGUGCUGUAAUCUGAGAUUACUGGUCAAGCGAAGCUUCACUUUGGCCUGUUAAAAGGAUUAGAGGAAGAGUCAUCAAACUAUUCCAGCACUACAAAACCCCUUUCGACUGUCUACAGUCAGUCAUACCUCACAAACAAACAGGCAUAUCAAACAAGCACAACAGCACUAGGAGUAUAGCUGUUGUUCCUGUAGCAGUUGACAGAUCAGGCCCAAUGGCUCUGCUCAAAUCUGGCUGGCUCUGGAGACAGUCUUCAAUCCUCAAGCGCUGGAAGUUGAACUGGUGUGACCUGUGGAUAGAUGGGAGCUUUGUUUUCUACAAAACUGAGUCCAGAAGAGACUACGAGACCAAAGUGAAUCUGAAGGCCACCUGUGUGAAUGUGAAGUCUGGACUGGAAUGUCCAAAUGUAUGUCCACCUGAGAGUCACCCCAGAGAGAAUCUGCUGGUUGUUUAUCUGAGGCGUGGGAAUAUGCUGAUCCUGUGUGCCAACAGUGAAGAUGAGGCACUGGCCUGGAAACUCACACUCAUGGAAGCGAAAAGAAAUCCUGUUUUCACAUACAAUCCCUAUGAUGAUACAUACCAAACCGUUUCAGUUGACAGUCAUAAUGCAGUGUACAUCAUGCCAAGUCCAGGUAGUGGAGGGACUCAGCAUGUCUGGGUACACAGAGACACUUGUUACGACAAUUUUGGAGAGCAGAUUGCUUUGGGCCUCCUGGCUGGAAUGGCUGCAGGUGCAGCAAUGCGUUCUCUUUUAUGGAUGCCCUUCUGGUUCUGCUGAGGACCAGUCAGACCUCCAGCAGACUGAGAGAACAGACUGGAAGCCGUCCAUAAUGCUCAGCCAUAGCAAAUGCUCCUGUUCCUGCAUAUGAAUAUGUAAAUAUGAGAAUAGCUGCAGUCUUUUUAACCUCAGUGGGCAUUAAGUGGUUAAUCAGUGUGUAAAGGAGGGAUUCUUCUUUUUUCAUUGUUUACAGUUCUUUUGAAUAUCUAUAUAAAACUAAAUAAUAAUUAUGCACA